AUGAAUACCGCCCCGGGCCAAAUGGCCCAGCAAGGCCAACCCCAGCCUCAGGGCGUACAGGCUCCUGCUGCUCAGAACCGGCCUCCAAUGUACCAACCCGGCCAGAUCAAGAAUCUCCCAUAUCUAAGCGAUGACGAAAAGACCAAGUACGAGCAAGGAUUGCGGGGCCUCUGGACUAAGAUGAAUGGAUCUCCAAACAACAGCUCAGACCAAAUUGCUGCUCGACAGAAAAUUAUCGAGUUCUCCAGGAUGUUGAUUACGAAGAUUCAACAGCGAAGGACUCAUGCUGCCCAGCAGCAGCAGCAACAGCAACAGCAGCAGCAGCAACAACAGCAGCAACCUCAAGCCCGGCCGCCAGUAGCACAAUCGCAGGCGCAGGCCCAAUCGGCCCCGAAUGCCGCUCUGCAAGCCCAAGCCCAAGCCCAAGCCCAAGCCCAGGCACAAGCCCAGGCUCAGGCUCAGGCUCAGGCCCAGCAACAGGCCCAGCAACAGGCUCAACAGCAGGCUCAACAGCAGGCUCAGGCUCAAGCACAAGCACAAGCCCAGGCCCAGGCUCAACAGCAGGCUCAACAACAAGCUCAACAGGCUCAAUCACAAGCACAGCAACAAAAGCCGCCAGGUGCAGGAAACAACGAAGCUACGGCUACUGGCGCGGUUGGUCAGGCACAGAAUGCCCAAGCACCAGCGACGGCAACGGCCGCUGCCACAGCGGCAGCGGCGGCACAACGUCCCAAGAUACCCGAAGCCUUCAUGCAACACGUUAAUAAGAUGACAUUUCGGCCUCCGGUGCAGCUUGCAGACAAGUCUGUCGAUGCUGCCAAGUGGAUCGAGGAAAUGAAGGAACGAUAUGCUCGGGCCCUCAUGACUAUGGAAACUACCAAGAAUAAAGUUGCUAGCUGGGAGAAGCUGAUAACCGACCGGGCAGCUCAGGGAAACCCUCUCAAGGAGGAGGAGCAACGGCAAAUUCAGUUGAGAAAAGACCAACAAUUGAAGCUCUAUGCCGAAGCCCACAAAUGGGUGGAAGGCGUUCGAAAACAGCAGGGAACCCUUCAACAAGCACAGGCUCAUGCCAACCAGGCGACUGCUGGUGCCGCCGGUGCCGCUCAUGCUGCAACCCAGCCCGGCAACGCUACUCCAGUCAUGCCAGCUGCCUCUCCGGCAGCAGCAGCUGUGAACAAGCCCCAGAACGCCGCGCAAAUGGCCAGCAAUGCUGCUGCAGAGGCAGCCAAAAACCAGCAGCAGAUGGCUGGUGCCAAUCGAGUCCCAGGUCCAAAUGGGGUUGCCUCUACACCUACACCUACACCGCAAGCACGGCCCGUUCCGAACGCGGCCGUCACAGGGCAGCAGCAGAUGCAAGGCCAACCGCAGAUGCAGCCUCAGAUGCAACAACAGAUGCAGGCACCACAGCAACCGCAGCAACCGCAGCAGCAGAUGCAAAUGCAGAUGCAACAACAGCAACAACAGCAGCAACAGCAACAGCAACAGGCACAGGCACAGCUGCAACAACAGGUGCAACCCCAAGGGCAGCCCCAAGGACAACCUCAGCCACAGGUGCAAGUCAAGACGGAACCGCCGCGGCCCGCACCAGUCAACACCGCCCUCGCUUCGGCUGCUGCACAGGCCCAGGUUGCUCAACAGACUGCAUCUCCUGCUCAAGCAGCAGCGCGAGUACCAACCCCACAAACUGCAACACCCGUCACUGGCCCAGGACAGCCAACACGAGCUCUCAGCCACUCAGCAGCAAUGUCUCUCGCUAACCAGAGAGCGGCUGGAAGCACUCCUGGAAGCGCACCGCUGCCUAACCAAUCUGCAAACGUCAACACAGCUGCCGUUACGGCUACCACUACCAACCCAAAUAUGGGAGUAUCGGGAGCUCAACUGCAGCAGGGCCAUCCCCACGCCCACCCUACGCAGCAGCAGCCUACCGUGCAGCCGAGAAUGCCGAUCCCCAAGCAGCUACCAGAAAAGGCUACUGCAGUGCCUCAAGGAGUGGCCAUUGGCGGCGGCGUUGUUCCCGGACGGCCAACCAUGUCCCAAGGCGGAGGAACGGUGGGAGGUGUCAUGAAUCAACCGGCAGUUCCCAGAGUACCCGCAUACAACCACGACGCCGAGGGUGACCACGUUCUUAGUAAGAAAAAGUUGGAUGAACUUGUACGCCAAGUUUGCGGAGGAUCUGCAGAGGGCCAAGAUGGCAACCUCUUGACUCCAGAAGUAGAAGAGAGCGUUCUGAACCUAGCCGAUUCGUUUGUUGAUAAUGUCCUGCACUCUGCAUGCAGAAACUCCAAGGAACGCGGCUCCAAGGUGCUCGAGAUACGUGAUAUCCAGCUCGUACUAGAGCGAACUUACAACAUCCGUGUUCCGGGCUACUCUUCGGAUGAGCUGCGUACGGUACGCAAAGUUCAGCCUUCUACAGGCUGGAUUGCAAAGAUGAGUGCUGUGCAAGCUGCCAAGGUGAUGCCCGGAAAGGGCGAGUAA